GAGUGUGAAAACCAGAGAGAGAGAACGAUGGUUGCAUUCAGAUGGAUUUACACGUUUUUUUUUCUGGUACUGGUGCUUCAGUUUACAGUGACUGUCCAGACUCCAACAUCCUUCAGUGCCACAGUCGGAGUUAGCGUCGAGCUGCCUUGUAAAAGUCUGACAGAUGAUCAAUGUAAAAGUGUGAUCUGGCUCUUCAGUCACUCAGACAACACAACAACACUGUUUGAAGACAGGAAGAUUAAAGCUAAAUCAGACCAGCUGUAUGUUACCUUGUUAUCUAACUGUUCUCUGAAUAUAAAGACGGUCAGCCUUGAGGAUGCUGGUCUGUACACCUGCACACAGUUCAGAUCAGGAAAACAACACGGUGAAGACACUGUGUAUGAUCUGUCUGUUGUUGACAGUGAGGACACAAAACCAGCCACAAUUAAACCAACGUCAACGACAAUUAAAUCAAAAUCCAAAAGAACAAGCACAUCAAGCACAACAACAACAACAACAAAGGCAACAAGCACAAAAGCCGGGACAAACACAUCAGCAACUGCAACCAACGACCCACCAACAAAACAAGUUUGGAGAUGGUGGUGGUGGGUCAUCAUUGCGUCUGUGGGUUUAGCAGUGCUCAUAAUAACUGCUGCGGUGCUCAUCAGAUGGAGGACAGCUAAAGGUAAGAGAACGCCAAUCGAUGAAAACAUGGCUGAUCCUGCAGAUGGUGUCUGCUACGCCUCCAUCAGCUACUCCAAGACGACCAACAGUAAUGCCCAGUUUCUGAGUAAAGAUGAUGAUGAUGAUGAUGAAGAUGUUGCAGUGACCUACAGCACCGUGAAAGCUUCUUCUUCUUCUUCUUCUUCUUCUUCUUCUGCUGGAGCCUCUGCUGAUCUCAGCAGCCUGUACGCCACCGUCAUCAAACCAAACAUAUGAGAGGCCUCAGUUUAGUUACAGCUCAUAUUAUUAUUGUUGUUUUGUAUUGAUAACUGAUUCUCUUAAAUGUAAAAGAGCUUUUUGUCCAGAAGGGGGUGCAGUAGGUCAACCGGUAGCACCAUGUGGAAAACACAUUGCAGCAGAUGCAGUGCGUCCCAGAAAUAUGCGUCUCGUCUAUUCAGACAGAGACAGAGAGCAGAUUAAGUUUUCCUGUUAACAUCAGGUUGUCCGUCUGUCCGUCCCAUUCUUGUAAUUUUGGUGGCCAUAGGUCAAAGGUCAAGAUCAAUGUGACCCUCAUCCAUCUUAUUCUCAUGACCCUGCUAUCUCACUGACACCUUGAGGGGAUUUCUUCAUAUUAUGCAGAAAUGUCCACCUGGACUCAAGGGUGAACUGAUCAGAUUUUGGUGGUCAAAGGUCAAGGUCAAUUUGACCUUGUCUCCAUCUUACUCUCAUGAAUGCAAUAUCUCAACAACACCUUGAGGGAAUUUCUUCAAAUUUGACACAAAUUUCCACUUAGACUAAAAAAUGCACUGAGAAGAAUUUGGUGGUGAAAGGUCAAAGGUCAAGGUCAGUCUGACCUCACAUCUAUAAAUCUUAUUAUAAAUUAUAAUGAAACUUCACACAAAUGUCUUAUAAGAGAAAACGGAGAAGUGAUGACAUUUUAUAUCCAGAGGGUCAAAGGUCAAAGGUCAAUUUCACUGUGACAUUAUAAUAUUUAACAUAAAACACUUUUCCGGCUAUGACCUAACGUCAUAUCUCAGAAACAGAAGGGGAGACAUUUGGUCAGAUACUGAACUGAUGACAUUAAUCUUGGGCGUCCACCCUAAACUGUACUAACUGUAUAGAUGUUCUGUGCUGCCGGGGGGAAGAUGUGUGCAAAGCAUACAUGUUUUCACAGACAUGGAUGUAAACUGUAAAAGAAGCUUUACCAGUGAGCGGAGGCAUACAACCACGGGGCAGUAAUUGUAGUUAAUGACUAAAACACAGCCACAAAUUUUUGAUCCAUGUUGUUCAUAACUGGACUUUAAACAGCAUGAACUUUGUCGGUCAGCUACAGCACAACAAAGUAGGAAAUAACAACAAUAAAGACAACUGAAACACACAAACAAGCCUAUUUGUGGAAAACGUGCGGCCAAUUAAGGUACUGUCAGACCUAGAGUUCCCUUGUUUUGGUCUGAAUCAGGCACUCAUUUUAUUACAAAGUUGUAUAAUUGCCUAGAGUUGGUUCGUGUUCUCAUGACAGCAUUUACAAGCGGACCAGAUAAAAUGCCUGCGGAAGAAAGCUGCUCUUGAUUGGUCAGAAUUUCUAUGUGGGAAAAAUCCAGGAAGUA